UUGUUUUUGCACUGCCCAGGCGCCAUGGCCGAGUCCUUGUUCUUCAACAGGCAGCUAAAGCACCUAACCGAGCACCCCAGCCGCCUGUGGAUAUGGGACAAGGUCACGUUCAUGGAUGAGCAGCGGCGCACCUGGCUGCCGAUAAUUCUCCAGACAGAGAAUAACAUGCAGGUGCUCAUGCGGCAGGAAACGGUCACCGUGGGGGACCCCCAGAGCCCCACCCAGCUCCGCUCAUGCCCUCUGCCUCUGAUGUGGCAACACUACCCCUCCGACAGAGUAUACCGAGCCAGCGACUCCACCUUAUGGCGUGUAGUGUACCACAUCGAGGACCUGCCCACUCACCAGGCUCUGCCUGUUCUCUCUCCCUCGCUGCUCUCCCAGCUGCUCAUCGUCCCUUCCUCCUUCCCUGGCUGGCUGGGGCAGCACAGCAGGAUGAGGAGUUGGGAGACCGGGGUUCCUGGUCAGCCCGGGCUCAGAAUUUGGUGUGGGGCCUGGCACACAGCAGAGGUUCUGUGUCUCUGGAGCCCAGCCCCAGGCCCUCAGGAAGCUGCCAGGCUCAAGGACAGCACCACCAAAGAGCAAUGUGACCCAGCAGAACCGCCAUACCAGAGACAUUUGACAUGUGAAGUCCUUAAUGGUCCCACUGAGGAAGAUGUCCUUGGGCAACACAGCCGGGAAGGGCCAGGGCUGCUCCUCCGGGACGCAGAUGUCCAGAGGUGCCAGCAGCAUCUGUUUUCACCAAUCAGGCCUGAAGUCACAGGUGGUGGAGGGUCUGAAUGUCACCCUGCCUCAGGCCACAGGCUCAUCCAAACAGCAGUACAGGGAACCCUAAAGCGUGCCCCCUUGUGGCUGGUGAUUCCAACAUGCCACUCAGACCACCUGUGGCUGCCCAUCCUGCCUUAG